GUCAGUGUAUGCGUCAGCAGGAGCAGCAGCCCUCACAGCAGACCGAUUUCAUUCGGCGAGCAGCCGCUGCGAGGAACACAACAGACUACAUCAUUCAGUUCCUUGCUGCUGCUCUGCUGUGCAACAAAGGAAACAAGCAUCAAACAAAGAGCCAUAAAAACAACACCAGGAUGGGAUUCUAUAGAUAGAAGAAUGCUGCAUCAAAUUUAAGUUUAUAGGAUAUUUCUUGUCAGACAUUAUGUUUUUUUUGAGUGGCUUUCAAGGAUAGUUAAACCGUUGUGUCAAAAGCUUCUUACAGAUGGAAACAUGCACAUGACCACAGGGGUCCAGUCCACCAUGGUGAUGCUGGGAAAGCAGUUUUUAGUCCAAUCCCUUCUGCCUCUUCAUCGUGUGCUCAUGUUACACUAGAAACCGUGACAGCUCCGCCAGGGUCCUCCUAAAGCUCUGGCCAUGACGUCGUCCGACAGCGACGAGACCGGGAGCGAUCUCUCCGAGUCUCUGGAGAUCCUCCAGCUUCAGGACCAGUACAUGGACUCUGAGAGCUGCUUCAAGUCAAAAAGUUUACCCAUCCUGAAUGGACCCUGUCCGACGCACUGCAAGGAGGCUGGACUGCUUCACGCUGCCCAUGUGGAAGAGAGUUGCGAGCGCCAGCUUCAAACUCCCGAUGAAGCGGACUCGCCUUCAUUGAGGACGGACUUCUCCCCUUCCGUGUCCAGCAUGGUGGGGCUCAGCAGCUCUCUACCCGUGGAUCCACACAGGGCAGCAGGGGGUAAAAAGGUGGGCUUCUCUCUCUCCCGCUUUGUUCGUAUCCCGGCCAGGAAAUAUGUGCGCGUUAUCCUCAGAGACUCUCGCUGCUUCCUGUUCUGCAUGUGCUACCUGACCUUCAUCCAGUCCCUGAUGGUGUCAGGCUACCUGAGCAGCGUCAUCACCACCAUAGAGAAGCGUUACAGCCUCCGCAGCUCCGAGUCGGGCCUGCUAGUCAGCUGCUUCGACAUCGGCAGCUUGCUUGUGGUUGUCUUCAUCUCCUACUUUGGGGGCAGAGGUCAGAGGCCGCGCUGGUUGGCUGUAGGCGGCGUGGUCAUUGCCAUCGGGGCGGCACUGUUUUCCCUGCCACAUUUCAUCUCGCCGCCUUACCAGAUACAAGAGAUGAACGCGUCGGCGGGCAAUGAAGGACUCUGCCUUAGUGGCAACAACAGCGGGCGAGAGAUGUUUGACCCCACAGCAUGUCCCCGAAACCAGGAGGGCAAUGAACACAACCUUUACGUGGCUCUCUUCAUCUGCGCCCAGAUACUGGUGGGCAUGGGCUCCACACCAAUCUACACCUUGGGACCAACCUACUUGGAUGACAAUGUGAAAAAAGAAAACGCUUCUCUGUACCUGGCUAUCAUGUAUGUGAUGGGAGCUUUGGGUCCAGCCGCCGGUUACCUGCUCGGAGGUGUCCUCAUCGGCUUCUACGUGGACCCCAAAACGGUGGUCAACAUCGACCAGAGUGACCCUCGCUUUGUUGGCAACUGGUGGAGUGGCUUCCUCCUGUGCGCCGUCGCCAUGCUCCUGGUAAUCUUUCCAAUGUUCGCCUUCCCCAAAAAGCUACCUCCGCGCCACAAAAAGAGGAAGAAAAAGACGAGUUCACCUGGCGACAUGUCCAGCGAUGACGAUGUGAUGAAGGAAAAGUCCGGCAGCAAAGGCCAGAACGUCUCCUCCUCGAUGGGCUUCGGGAAGGACAUCAAAGACAUCCCCAGGGCAGCGCUGAGGAUCCUCAGCAACAUGACCUUCCUGUUUGUCAGCCUGUCCUACACGGCCGAGUGCGCCAUCGUCACCGCCUUCAUCACUUUUAUACCCAAGUUUAUCGAGUCGCAGUUCGGCAUCCCCGCCUCCAGCGCCAGCAUAUACACAGGUCUGAUCAUCGUGCCCAGCGCCGGCGUGGGCAUCGUUUUGGGCGGCUACAUCAUCAAGAAGCUGAAGUUGGGGGCCCGGGAGUCGGCCAAGCUGGCUAUGAUUUGCAGUGGCGUCUCUCUGCUCUGCUUCUCCACGCUCUUCAUCGUGGGCUGCGAGAGCAUCAACCUGGGCGGCAUCAACAUACCUUACACCACAGGGCCGACCCUAACGCUGACCCACAGGAAUCUGACAGGAAGUUGCAACGUCAACUGCGGCUGCAGGAUCCACGAGUAUGCGCCCGUGUGCGGCUCGGACGGCAUCACCUACUUCAACCCCUGCCUGGCGGGCUGCAGCGCGGUGGGCAACGACAGCAGCGGGUUGAAGAACUACACUGAGUGUGGCUGCGUUCAGAGCCGGCAGGUGAUCACGCCGUCGUCAGGCGGCCAGGUGAACCAGCUGCAGCUGGUCAUCGUCAAGACGUACCUCAAUGAGAACGGCUACGCGCUGUCGGGCAAGUGCGACCGCACGUGCAACACGCUGAUCCCCUUCCUUGUUUUCCUCUUCAUCGUCACGCUCAUCACGGCAUGCGCGCAGCCAUCCGCCAUCAUCGUCACACUCAGGUCUGUGGAUGAACAAGAGAGGCCUUUUGCUCUCGGCAUGCAGUUUGUCCUCCUCAGAACUCUUGCCUACAUCCCAACGCCCAUCUACUUUGGUGCUGUGAUCGACACCACGUGCAUGCUGUGGCAGCAGGACUGUGGCGUGCACGGCUCGUGCUGGGAGUACGACGUCACCUCCUUCCGCUUCGUCUACUUCGGCCUGGCCGCUAGCCUCAAGUUUGUGGGCUUCGUCUUCAUCUUCCUCACGUGGUACUCCAUCAAGCACAAGGAGGAGCGCGUGGAGCGCUGGCGCCGGCACCUGUCGCCGCCGCUGGGCACCGUCAGCGAGCUCAUCUGCCACGUCGGCGGCCACAAGAGCCACGCCCGCACACGCUCUUGCCCCGUGUUCAUCCCGCCGCGGGGCGAGGCGCCCGCCGCCCUGCUGCUGGGCCGCGGACACAGCAGUCUCAGUUGCCCCGGCAACGCCCUCAAAGCAAUAACCUCCCACAGAGGCUCCGCCCACGUCUGACGGCGGGCCCCUGGCAGCGACACGUGCCUUCCUCGGGGCUCCCGCACAUCUGCCCGCCCACUUUUAAGGGCUGACUGUGAGCAUCUCGCCACGGUGCUACUGACGACACUAAAGCACAAACGUGUCCUAUGCAAGAUACACCUCAGCAGUACUGUGCAGCGCCCCCUGCUGUCACGCAACUGUACUCCUUUUUGUUCUUGUGUGCCUCGCCGCGCCUUUUAAACAACACUAGUGACGAGAGGGCGCCCACUUUCCAAACCAUUGUAUCUCCCAGCAUGCAAGCCGUGCCCACGUAACACACGCACGCAACAACCAAAGUACGACAUCGCUAUAUUCAGAAAUAAAAACUUAACGCUGUCAGUAGAAACUAUUUACUAGCCAGUGUUAGCGACACUAGGCUAUGCUAACAUAUUUCCAACGAGGUUGUUACAUAAAUAACAUUGACACAUAAGCAGGGCCACUCCUUUUAGCGCCCCGUGAUCUUUGGGGCACCUAUUUUGCGUGAAGCGCGGAUAAAAUGUCCAUUAAAUGCAUGACAUGGCCUAGCCCCUUCCUGCUCCGUCACUGGUAAGAAUAUAAUGGCAAAUUUGCCAGGACUUUCUCACGGUUAUCCUGAGCUGGUUUUGAAACCUUUUUAAAUGUUUUUUUUUUACCCCCAAAACUAAUUAUUGAACAAUUUAUUUCCCAUUAAUUUGUUUUAGUGCUAAACAUGCAUUAAAUCCAAGUCAAGUUUGAUUACAAAUGUAUGUCUGUAACAUAAAUGAAACAUGUAUUAAAACAUGAUUAGAACUAGUAACAAAUUGUAGAUGAAGCUAAAAUGUUUAGCUAACAAUAGCAGAUUGUAGCUGCUAACGGUAUUGAAUGUAUUAUAGCGUAUCACAACAACAACAAAGCAUUAUUUUGCAGAAUCCACGACAGGAUUGUUUAGUGAUAAUAUAGAGCAGAAAUGUUGGGAAAGCCUAUGAUUCUACUCACGUCUUCAACAGGAAUGUAGCAACUUUAGCAUCCAUUUUCGACUCCUUUUCUUUACGAAAUAUUCUCCAAUAUUUACUCUCGUCUUUCCUCUCGCUUUUUAGUGUCUACUUUCUCGAGGGCCGUUUUUUUUCCGGGGCCUCAGUGUGUGCAGGAAGGAUUGUGGGACGUUGUGUGUCAGCCAACAAAGUGUUUGUCGCUUCUCUGAGACUUUGUGUGCGUCGACGCCAGACAGUUUGUAUUCCGUGUAAUUAGUCUUUGUGAAAAAUAAUAGAUAUUUACAUUUUUUAAACCACUAAUGGUAACGUAAGCUAGCCGGUGGUGUUCUUGUUAUGUUUUGCUUAAAACAAGUAACUCUGAGCAAGUUGCAAAGAGUCAGGUGAAAAUGCAAGACAAGUAUUGUGCUGAGGCUACUGUACGUCCCAAAGAUGUGACCCAGACUGCUUGUGUUAAUGUCACGUGUACACAAGACCGUGAAUCAAUGAUUGUGUUAAUGUCACGUGUACACAAGACCGUGAAUCAAUGAUUGUGUUAAUGUCACGUGUACACAAGACCGUGAAUCAAUGAUUGUGUUAAUGUCACGUGUACACAAGACAGUGAAUCAAUGAUUGUGUUAAUGUCACGUGUACACAAGACAGUGAAUCAGGUUCCAACAAUACAGUCCUUUCAACUUCAA